CCUCCUUCAACCAAAAGAUCAUUGCAUUGUAUUGUGCUCUGAACACCCACUGUACUCUUCUGAACCUGCCCCGCUCCACCGCCAUGCCCCUUCGCAAAGACUUCUUGUACGGCUUUGCUACUGCUGCCGCCCAGAUAGAAGGAGGAGGCAAGGAGUCUGAAGAGGAGAGCGGUCGUGGCCCAUCCAUUUGGGACAAGUUCUGUGAGGAUGGGCGCACCUUGGAUGGAUCACACGUCAACAGGACAUGUAAUCACUAUGGAAUGUUCAAGGAGGACGUAGCGAUGAUGAAAUCGCUCGGCGCCAAUUCGUACAGAUUCUCCAUUUCUUGGCCUCGUUUGAUACCUCGCGGCGGACGAGACGACCCGGUCAAUGAAAAGGGGAUAAAAUUCUACAAUGACUUGAUAGAUGAGCUUCUGGCUCAAGGUCUGACCCCAUUCGCUACCAUUUACCAUUGGGAUCUCCCUCUCGCUCUGCAAGAAAAAUAUGAUGGUUGGAACAGUCCUGAGGUGGUCAAGGACUACGUCCGCUAUGCCAAACUCUGCUUUGAUAGCUUUGGAGAUAGGGUCAAGAACUGGCUCACGUUCAACGAGCCAUACGUCACCUCCAUCCUGGGUCACGGGUAUGGAGAAUUCGCACCGGCGCACAAGUCUAACACUGAGCCUUGGAUCACUGCUCAUCACCAGAUCCUCGCCCAUGCUUAUACAGUCGACCUUUAUCGAAAGCAGUACAAACCGAAAUAUCAUGGUCAGAUUGGAAUUACUCUGAAUGGGGAUUGGUCAGAGCCAUGGGACGAAACACCGGAGAAUAUCCAAGCCCAAGAAGACAGGCUUUUGGGAUUCAUCGGUUGGUUCGCCGACCCGAUCUACCUUGGGUCUUAUCCCAAGGUCUUGAAGACCAUGCUGGGGAACAGGUUGCCAGAUUUCACAGAGGAAGAAAUCAGACUGGUCAAGGGCAGUUCAGAUUUCUACGGGAUGAAUACAUAUACCACCACCAUUACCCAAGCGGGGGGUGAUGAUGAGCUGGCAACGAAGACUAUUAACGGACACCAGCGAAAGGAUGGCACCUGGAUUGGCACCGAAUCCUCACUCAAAUGGCUGAGAUCAGUACCAUGGGGUGUGCGCAAACUUCUCAACUGGAUCUACAAGCGAUAUCAAAUGCCCAUCUAUAUGACCGAAAACGGUUUCGCCAUCAAGGGCGAGUCAGACAUGUCAAAGGAGGAAGCCUUGCAUGAUAAGGACCGUGUCGAUUACUACCAGGGAUAUCUUGAGAACAUCCUUCAAGCAGUCGAGGAAGACGGUGUGGAUGUGCGAUCAUACUUUGGCUGGUCUUUCCUGGACAACUUUGAAUGGGCUUCUGGUCUUGGCCCUCGAUUCGGGUGCGUGUACACCGACUACAAUACUUUUGAGCGGACGCCAAAGGAUUCGGCCAAGACGUUGAUGCAGUUCUUCGAGGAACAUGUAUCCAAGUAGACCCGGUCAGUGUUCAUCGACUGCUUCAUCUGUAUGCAUUUUCA